UGGCAGUGUGUUUUUUGUCGUUGUUGUUUAUAAUGAUGAUCAAUUCAGUGGUUUACUGCAGACAGUUUAAAUCACUUGUUUAUUAUUGACUUAGUACGUGUGAUUACUACUGAUUAAUCAGUUUACUAUUUGAAUAAGCCUCUGUCUAAUCAGGCUACUUGUCCAAUAUCGAACGCCUUAAACAGAUGUGCUUUUUUCUUGGCAAAAUACACAGUCCACAAAGGAACUGUUCUCGCUAACUGAUCUCUUUACAGAAAACUCAGAUCAAUGAAAACUAUUGUUUUAGACUUGAAAAGGCUUAUCAUGCUAUAGUGAAGCCUGAAUGGAUAUAAAACACCUUUUCCCACGGAUACCGAAACCACCUUUAGUUUCAGGUGUUGCAACUCUUUAUUCAUACAUAAAGCAGAGAAUUCCGGGUAUCAGAGUCAUACGCAGAACCUGCCUUCAACAGAUACAGUACUCUGACUGUUUUGUAGGACUACAUUUCCCACAGUGCAUUUGUUUACUAUGCAAACGAAGCUUCGGAGGCUAACAUGCAAGGUGUAUGGCUCUUGACACUCCCUAUCUGUUUUUUUGUUUUGUUUUUUCAUUUGAAGGUUGCCUAGUGAACGUGGCAGCGGAAACUUCCCUUUCGGGUGAGUUAUAUUUAAUUUACUUAUGGUUUACGGUGGAUUGGAUGUUGUAUUGUGUUAAAUUUCGCAAAACAUUUGAAAUGAAGCGGGGUUUCUGGUUCAGGUGCUGCUGAAACAGUGAAGAGGUAAAUCUGCUCAGUGUAAGCGCGUUCCUGUGAGGAGCUCAGAUGUAAAAGAUGGCAGCUGUAAGAGCAAAGUCAAUCCGACAAACUGGGAGUCUGCUUCGCAGUCGCUCAGAAGGGACUCUGAUCGAUCUAGAUGACAAUGUAACCAUCAACAACAACAGCUUGCAUGGGAGUUACAUGUCGAAACAUUUGGAAUGGCCUGGCUUACAGCCUGACAUCCAACCCCAAGUACAAACAACAAAUCCCUUCUGGAACAAACUGUCUCAGUCAAAUCCUUUCUUAGAUGACAUUGUGUGCAGAGACAAAACUGACUCAAGUGUGACUAUACUGAAGGAGAAUCCAUCAGCUUUCUUUGGUAACAGUAUUGAAGAUUGCGAAAGCACAUCCUCGGAUGAAAACAAUUUUGGACAUUUUCUUGAGCCUGAGAGAAACAGCCUUAAUCGAUCCGGGCGAUGGAGAAGUGCCUCGGACAUUCUCGACAGCAUUGUAAAAAGAGAAUCCAAAAAGGAGAAGAGCUUUAGAUCUCAAGGACCAUUCUUGAAACCUGAUUUUGACUGGCUUAAAAAUGAUAUGGACGCUUAUAAAAUGGCCUGGCUGAGCCACAGGCAGUUGACCAGGUCCUGUUUGAACAUCAGCCUGAUAAAACAAAGUCCUGGUUGGGCUCAAACCCAAGCCACAGACACACAAAUUGUCUGUAAGCUCGAUCACAAUGGAGGCUCAGUGCAGUUGCCUGACUCCAAUAUCUGUGCCCACAUUCCCCAAGGUCAGGUUGCUCCAGGGGAGAUCCAAGAAAUUGGACUCAAAGCUAGCCUUGAUCCACCUCGCGGAAUCAAUAAUAAUUAUGUAACAUCUGUAAGUCCUCUUUUGGAAAUCAUUCUCAGCAAUCCCAAUGUUAUGGAAGGCAUCUCCCUUGAUAUUAAAAUGGCAGCUGAAGUAAAAAAUGACCCUUUGAGCCAAGUCAUGACAACAUUUGUAGGUCUGAUGGCGCAUAGGAAAGAUGGACCUUAUGAAAAGGUUAAGGACUGUUACAUAUAUAAGGACAUUUUACAAAUGAAGAUCCAGGAGCUAAAGCCUCACAUGUACAUCAUUGCUGCUGCAGAGGCCACAGUCAUACAGCCACCAGCAACCUCAGUAUGGGACUAUUUAGACCGACAUUUCACAGUCGCAGUAUAUGGUCCCAAGCAUAUUCAUCCAUCUUUCAAAAUUGUACAAGUCAUCUCUUGCUAUAAUAGUGUUCCACCCAGGCUUCCUUUCUCUGAUAUCCAAAAAGGUAACAGAAACUUGCCCCCUGUUGUGUUGCAACUUUGGGGAAAGCAUGAGUUCAAUCCACAUGGUCUAAAUGAUUUGCACAUUACAACCAGUGUGAUGGAAUCAAAGUUUGAAGUGAAAUAUGAGGAUAAGAACAAAGAGGUCAAAUUAGAGGAGCUCAAAACAGGCAGAGUGAUCCAUUUGCCAUUGGAACUAUCCAGGGCAGGCAAUGGAGAUAUGGGUCAGUUCAAACUUGCCAUCCAGGUGAAGGACUCCAAUUGCCUCUCUUUAGCAGACUUUCACAUUACUUCUCCUGAAGCUGCUCCUCUGAGGACAGAGAAACAUGGACUCAGACAUGUGGAUCGUCACAGGGAAGUGACCCAUUCUCGAGCUAUCCCAGAAGAAUCUGUCCCAGACUUACCAAAGUUCCGAGAUAUGCCAGUGAAUAUUCAGUGGUAUGGUGUUGCAUUGAAAUCUCUUCUUAGACAGCCAAGAGUGGAGUAUCUUCUAGAGUACUUCAAGGGUGACACAAUUGCUCUGCUUUCCAGAGAAACAGUUAAAUCUGUUGGACAGUCAAAAGUAAAAGAGUGGUAUAUUGGCUUUCUCAGGGGAAGUGUUGGUUUGGUACACUGCAAGAAUGUGAAGGUUAUAACAAAGGACCAAGUAAUUGACUUCUCUGGAGUUAGACUCACUACACAAACCCUGCUGGACAACAUGACUUUGCCAUUUAAAAAGCUCACAUACAUGUACUCUGCCAUUCAGACCCUAGUAACAGAUCACAUAACCUGCUGGAGGACUUUUGCUGCAGCUCUGGGUUACUCAAACCUCUCAAUAGAAAAUUUCUCUAGGAGGCAAACUGAGACUGAAGCAGAGAAGGUAGCAUGUGUACUUGAGAAGCUUAAGGAAGACUGCCACACAGAAAAAACUAAAAGGAAAUUUCAACAUGAACUCUUAAUAGGACUCUUAAAAAUGGAUGCUCAAGGCCUCGUAGCCCAUUUAAUCCAGAACACAGUUAUUCUGUCCACAGCUGUUGAGCUUGGUGUACGGUGGAGGGAACUGGCUGAGAAGAUUGGAAAGCUUUCCAGUUCUCAGAUUUCUGGUUAUGAGGCACCACACAGAGGGAAAAGUGGAGAAGUCAGUGCCCAGUCAAUGUGGAAGCCUGCGUAUGACUUCCUGUACGCGUGGAGUAUGCAGUAUGGUGAGGGCUAUAGGGACAUGCUUCAGGCUCUUCAUCUGGCCCUGGACAAGAUGAAGAGCCCAGUGACUAAACACUGGAGACACAUUACUGGAGCUCUCAUUACAGUAAACUGCAUGGAGAUCUUGAGGGCCUCUGCCUUCCACACAGCAUAUUGAACAUUAAGUGGCAAACUGAGGUGGGUUUAAGAAUGUCAUGCAUUAUGUCUAUUUUUCUGUAUUUGUAUAGCAGUGAGGAAUACAUGCUUUCUUUGUAUAGUUUGUAACGGAAAAUGUAAGAAUAAUACAGAACUUAUUCUGUUGGACUUGGAAUGUAUUCUUUUGUACUGUUCGACAUGUGAAGUUACACUGGCCAACAAAAAAGGUAUUCAAGUUACUUUUUUUCUUCUUCUUCUUUAUUUUCAUGUUAUUACACUGUAUAGAUUAAUUAUAUGUUAAAUGAAAUGCCUCCCAUCCAAAGCCUGAGCCCUGGUUAUGUUGUUCAUUUCAAUCUGUUAACUUUGAAAUAGAGAGAAUCUGGACACUUCCUCUAUAUCAAACUCCUGCCACUUAAGAUGAAGCCUGUCUAAGUUCCUUGUGUUGCUGGGACAACUGAUUGCUAGACUUUUUUCUAGACUUAAUAUAAAUAUUUUACCAGUGCACUUAAAAAAUAUAUUGUUACCUGUACUAUUUUAAUAUUUAAUCUUAUAACUAUUAUUGCUGAACUAGAAAAAUAAAACAGAUUUUAACUGUUUCAUGUAUGAAUGGUCGAUUUUAACUAUCUUUUAUUUUCAUUUUACAUUGCAUUUACAUGGGCCAUCAUGUAUUUUGUGGCACAAAAAGCCUUGUAUCAGCAGAGUGUCCUGUUCUUUCAGUGUUUUGUAUUUGCAUGGCAGGCCUGUCACUUUCUCUUAGUAGCUUUUUAAAUAAUGCUAUUUGCAGAGUGCUUGACUGUGUAGUGACCUCAAUAUCACAAUGGUCCAUUUGCAGCAGAGUGACUGUGGAAUUCAAGCUGUUCUUCAAUGUACUAAUGAAUACAGAUCCAAAGUAUCACUUAUGAUUUAGGUCAGUUUUGUCUUGAAUGUUUUUAGCUAUCCAUAAAAAGAGCAAUGCCUAAUUAGUACAAUCAUGCAUUGCCAGAAAAAAAGGUACUAUGCUGUACUAUACAUACAAGGUACUGUAUAAACAAGGCAUUCUUCAGACCCAAUUAUAUCCCUCAGUGAGGUUCCUAAAAUUAAAUUCUUUAAUUAAAAGUAUAAAGACAUACUGUUGAUGAUAAAAUACCAGUGAGAAGCAAACCCUAGUUUAGUACAUUUUCCUCAAACUAUACGUGCACAAACAUGGACCUACAAAGUAUUCUUUAACUGGGGGAAUAACCUUCAGUAUCUUAUAUUCCCCAAAAAGCCCCCUGUACUGUUCAAAAGUUGACCAUUUUGUUCAUGUGUUGAUGUGAAUAAUGCACCGUAGUGAAUAACACAACAGACGAUAGGCGAUUUUUAUGUGCUACAUGCUUCAGCACUUGGCAUCCCAGCUCUGAGUUUGUGUAGUCUACCACUUUGUGGCUGAGCUUGUUGUUGCUCCUAAAUGCUUCCAUUUCAUAAUAAUAGCACUUACUGUUGAUGAGGACAGAUCUAGCAGGGCAGAAAGUUCAUGAACUGACUUGUGGCAUCCUAUGACAGGGCCAUGUUUAAAGUCACUGAGCUCUUCCGUAUAACCCAUUCUACUACCAAUGUUUAUCUAUGGAAAUUGCAUGGACGGGUGCUUGAUUUUAUGCACCUGUUAGCAAGGGGUGUGGCUGAAACGCCUAAACUCACUAAUUAGCAGAGGUGGGUAGUAACACGCUACAUUUUCUUCUGUACAUGCGUACCUUUUUGAAAUGAAAAGUAAUUUUAAGAGUAGGGUUACUUUUAGAAUUUUUGGCUACUCUACCCACCUGAUAAUUAGGGGGUUGUCCACAUAUUUUUGGACAUAUAGUGUAUUUCUCAUUCCUGAAAGAAGAUUUUUGACAUAUUGCUAAAGAUGGUAGUUGUUUCAGUGUAGAAAAGGGUAAAAGCUCCAAAAGAAACUAGAUAGAUAUAAAUUUUAUUUAUCCAGAAGGAAAGUGCAACAUUACUGUAGUGGUAAAAGACAAACAUUCGCAGAUAAACAAAUAAAAUAAGUGCAAAAAAAAAAGAAUCUAAAGAAAAUCUAUUAGGAAGGGAAGGGAGCAUGUGGGACUCAACUGGUCUGUGUGGAGCAUGAAACAUUCUACAGGGAGUGUAUAAAAUUCACCAGUGCAUAUAUGCAUCAUAUCCUACGAGAUGAAGGAGAAGCAGUGUGUGCUGUUUGCCAUUGGGCAUCUAUCUGCGGGGAAAGCACAAGCACCAAUUAGCUUAGCUUUGCUUAUGGCCAUAGUGCAGUUAAAGCAAUAUAAUAAUAACAAUAAUGAAACACAUUCACUUUAUGUAGCACUCGAGCAAAAUCCUGUUGUGGCUUCACUCCCAUUGGUAGUCGCUGCACUAAGUCGCUCCAAGUUUGCAUAAAGUUAAACUUUUCUCAACUUUGUCAUGCUGCUGGACACGCCCACAUCUAGUCGCUAUCGCUCAUGUCACCGGAAGUCGCCAGCUCUCAUUGAAAAUUAAUGGCCUCCAGUCGUUUUUUCACUGCAAGUCGCUGUAUGCGUGAAUGCACCUUUAAGCAGUCGCCUGUGUACAGGAUGUGAGCAAAACCUCAGGAAGAAGUAAAGAUUUAUUUUGUAGUUCUAAGGGCGUGCUUUUCCUUGGUGAAUACUGUGUAAAAAGGUUGUAAAUUCACUGUACUCAGAACCAAUUAGGCUGGAGGAUUGCCAUGUCUAACAGCACAAUGCUAACCACUGCUCUGCCGUGUGCUGUUCAGCACUUUUGUUAUCACGGUCCUGUACCCAGUGAGGACAGAAACAGAGCAGCACCAAAGUAGACAUUUUUUUUACUUUUUUUUUUUUUAGCGCACUGAGGCAGAUUACAUUGAGUUUAAUGAGAUAUGACACCUUUUGUUGCUGCACUCUUGCAACCAACUGGAUAAACAGUCAUGCAAAAUCUUUUGCAUAAUACAGUGAAUGAAGGCUAUUUAAAAAAAAUAAGAUUUGUUAUUUUUUUUAAAUAUAAUUAUUUUCAGCAGAGAGAGAGUGCCACCCAGUGGCCUAGUAGGCAGGUGUACAGGCAUUUUUUCAUAAAUAAUUUUUUUUUUUUAUUUGACACCCAUCUGAACAUGAGUAGCAGCAGUAGUAAGAAUAGAGUAUUACAUAACGUGUAUGAAGUAAACAUUUAUUACAGCAGCAUGGAUCCUGACCACAACAUGCUAAUAGCUGGUUGAUGAGUAAUGUGAACUAAUGGCCUAAGGCUAAAUAUAUGCUCACCUACAGUAUAUGUUUCUAUAAUUCAGGCCAUAUUGUAAUAUGUAGCAGUGUAAUUAUAUUAUUUCUACAUAUUGCGCAGCCCUUCUACAAAUACCUACUUUUACAUGCAAACCUGCUUAGAGACUAUUGCCAUUUUACAGUUUAGUUGUGUGGGUUAGUUACUGUUUUUCUGAGGAAAUAUUUUUCUGCAAAUAAACCACACAGACAAAUGCAAAAGACAUGUAAAUAUCUGGGUUACUAGUCAUCAUUUCUUUUAUGUAUUAAAUGCUUCAUGCUGUGUGUAUGUGAUGAACAUUACUAUGAUGUUUAAAACAUUAAGAAAAUGGGAAAUUUACAUUUACAAAAUAAAUUGUAAAUACAUUAGAACCAUGCCAGAGCCACUCAGCUCUAUACAGAACUACUAAAGAGCUUAUUUAUAUAUAUAUAUACUCCUGGGUAAAAUAAAUGAGCCAAGCCCAAAAUGACAAAAUAUUAUACUAUUAAUAUUCUUAACAACAAAUCAUUGGUCAGGAAUUGAGCAAGAAUUAAACAAAUAGAUAAAGUAACUUAGUGGGAUAGCUUUUCCCUUCGAUUUCUUUAAAUGUUUACGCUUUGUGGGUAAACUUGCAGACUGCUAAUUAUUUUUAUUUUAUUAUUUAGUUUAUUUUAAUUUUGUACACAGUCAUGUGUUAUUUUGAAUUUUACAUCAACCAUUUUUAUCAUUAUCAUGAUUUUACCUUUGCGUGCAAGAAGACUAUAUAAGUGAAUUUCCUUGUUUCUAGCUUUUCCCAAAACAGUUCACUGCAGCUAAAGUAAACAAGCAAAUGGUGGCACAGGAGGUCUCAGGAGUGCAUUCGUUUCAUUCUUGCUCAUUUUCUGAUCAAUGAUUUGUUGUUAAGAUCAUUAAAAGCUUAAUAUUUUGCCAUUUUGGGCCCUUUUUUGCCCAGGAGUGUAUACUUCAGUAGUUUUACUAAAUGAGAGAGGACAACAACGGUAUGCAAGAAAGUGCUGCAUGGAAUGACAAUCAGCAGCAGGACCACUUAAUAUUAAUUAAUAUCACUUAAUAUUUCAGACAAAAUACGACCGUUUUAACUUUUUGCUGAACUUUUUUCUUGCCUAUUAUUUACACUUUGAAAUAAAUGAAUCCUGUUAUGCCAGUGCUUGUAUUUGUUCUUCCAAGUCCAGGUAUGCCAUUAAUCUAUACCACAUCACUGCUGUUAAUAAGUUAGUUAUGUUUGACAUGUUUUAUUAGCUACAGAGAUAAUAAACACGGUUUUAUGAA